AGGAGCAGGCCCGUGCUGGUCCUGGCUGCCAACGCUAGCUGCCCGCGGGCAGUCUGGUCCGGGGCCCACGGAGCGUGUGCGUCCGUGGCAGCUUUGGUUUCUGCCAGUACAGGGGCUUUAGCCUUUUACUUCCUGUUUUAAAAUAAUUGCAACAUACAAGGAAGGAAGGGAAGAUGGAGAUGGCUGGGGGCGUGGGGUCUCACCUUGUUUCAUCACAGGAAGUGGUACGUAAGGGGGACAGCACGUGUUCAGACCAUUUCUACACCUCUGUCACCUCUGCCUGAGAUGCCUCAAGGCCGGCUAGCCCGUCCUGCCUGUGGUUUUUAUGCCAUCCGCUUUGGGGGAAAUAAGGGUCUGUUAGACUUUGACCUCUGGCCUGCACUGUGCUGCCCACAGGCUCUCACUUAGACUGAUGCCCUCUCCUCAGGGAGCUUGUCCAGAACGCAGCUCCGGAGCCACGUGGUUCGGCUGCAGGCGGUCUGGGACCCCCGGUGACGCACCCACCGGAGAAGCCUGGGUGCCAGGCCACAGUGGGGGCGGCCCCACCCUGCAGAGCAGAGGCACCAGGGUGCGGUGUGGGGAGCUUUCUGUUCCCCAGGAAGUCUGAGGGCACAUCUGCACCUGAGCAGCCCCCUGCCACGCCCCCAGACAGAGCCUGGUCCGAACCACUGCCCCACCACCUGGCCAGAGGCCCCUGGGCCGGGCGGAGCCUGGGCUUCCUCACCUGCACCAAGCGGCGUGCGACCUUGCAAGGAGGGGCUCAGCUUAGUCUGUCCGCCAACCCCCUCCGUUAAUUCGAUCCACAUUUACGAAGUUUCUUCCACGUGCUGGACACCGGGCGCUGUUCAGGGGCCCCCAGGGGCCCCGUAGUAGACGCGGGAAAACCCAAGAGCGAGCCCCAGGCCGGCGGCCGGGGGCGAGGCGCCCCUCCCCAGCGGGUGUCCAAGCCCCGCCCCUCCCGGCGUCGGAGGGGCCGAUAGGCUGCGGGCCGGGGGCCGGUCUCCGGGCGGGGCGCCGGGAGACCAGACCUUGUCGCGAGCGCCGCGUCCUCGGACCCCGGACCCCUGGCCCCGGAGCCCGUGCGCGCCCCCUGUUCUUGCCCCGGACGCCCGUGUACGCACCCCGAGCGCGCCCCGGCCAUGCGCGGCCUGGGGCUCCAGGUGCUUGCGCUGUGUCUGCAAGUGGCCGCCCCCAGCACCCCGCUGCCCCACGUGGACCAGUAUGAGGUGGUGUGGCCCCAACGCCUGCCGGCAGCACCCCGUGCCCGCCGAGCCCUGCCCUCCCACCUGGACCUAUACCCGGAGACUGUGAGCUACAUCCUUGGGACCCAAGGGCACAACUUCACCCUGCACUUGAGGAAAAACAGGGACCUGAUAGGCUCGGGCUACACGGAGACCUACAGGGCUGCCAAUGGCUCCCAGGUGGUGGAGCACCCACAAAGGCAGGGUCACUGCUUCUACCAGGGCCACGUGGAGGGGCACCAGCAUUCCGCCGCCAGCCUCAGCACCUGUGCCGGCCUCAGGGGCUUUUUCCGGGCCGGCUCGGACGUCCACCUGAUCGAGCCCCUGGACGGGGACGGUGAAGAGGGGCAGCACGCGCUAUACCGGGCAGAGCACCUGCAACAGAAGGCCGGGACCUGUGGGGUCAGCAACACCAGCUUGGAGAAGGCCUUGGGGCCUCGGAUCUCGGCAGCCUUCAGGCCCCAGAGCUGGCCACUGCCCCGAGACACCCGCUACGUGGAGCUGUAUGUGGUCACGGACAGCACAGAGUUCCAGCGGCUGGGGAGUAGAAGAGCUGUACGCAGCCGGGUGAUGGAGGUGGUGAACCACGUGGACAAGCUUUAUCAGGAGCUCAAUUUCCGUGUGGUCCUGGUGGGCCUGGAGAUGUGGAACCACAAGGACCAGAUUCACGUGAGCUCGAACCCCGACGUCACACUGGACAACUUCCUCCGGUGGCGGACGCAGAACCUGGUGGGUCGGCACCAGCACGACAACGCGCAGCUCAUCACCGGGGUCGAGUUCACCGGGAGCACCGUGGGACUGGCCAAGGUGGCGGCCGUGUGCUCCCAGGACUCGGGAGCUGUGAACCAGGACCACAACCUAGAGAACCCCAUCGGCGUGGCGUCCACCAUGGCCCACGAGAUGGGCCACAACCUGGGCAUGGACCACGACGAGAACGUCCAGGGCUGUUACUGCCCUGUGCCACGGGAGGGCGGCGGCUGCAUCAUGGCGGCCAGCAUCGGCGCCAGGUUCCCCAGAAUGUUCAGCCAGUGUAGCCGCGCUGACCUGGAGAUGUUCGUGGAGAAGCCUCGGACAGCCUGCCUGGCCAAUGCCCCGGACCCCAGCCGGCUGGUGGGCGACCCUGUGUGCGGGAACCUGUUUGUGGAGCGUGGGGAGCAGUGUGACUGCGGCCCGCCCCAGGCCUGUCGGAACCCCUGCUGCAAUGCUACCACCUGCCAGCUGUCUGCGGGGGCCCAGUGCGCACAGGGUGCCUGCUGCCGAAGCUGCAGGGUGACGCCUGCCGGUGAGCUGUGCCGUCCCCCAAAGGACGCGUGUGACCUUGAGGAGUACUGCGAUGGCCAGCAGCCAGUGUGCCCGGAGGACGUCUUCCAGGAGAAUGGCACGCCCUGCCCGGGGGGCUACUGCUACAACGGGGUCUGCCCCGUGCUGGCCCGGAGGUGCCAGGACUUGUGGGGGCUAGGCUCACGGGUUGCUGUGGAAACAUGCUACACCUACAGCAUCUCACCAGGCUGCCAGGGCAGGCUCGCCCACGGUUCCAGCAGAGUCAACAACUGUGGCAUCCUAUACUGUGAGGGUGGACAGAAGGCCCUAGAGCGGGCUUACUGCACCCUCACCUCCCACGCGGGCACUUGCAAGGCUCUUGCCCUGGAGGGAGGUGCUGGGUAUGAGCCAGUACCUGAAGGCACCAAGUGUGGCGAGCAGAGGAUUUGCUGGAAAGGACUCUGCCAGCACCUGCAAGUUUACAGAUCCAGAAACUGCUCUGCCCAGUGCAACAACCAUGGGGUGUGCAACCACAAGGGAGAGUGUCACUGCCACCCGGGCUGGGCGCCGCCCCGCUGCACAGAGCCGCUGCCCCACGUGCACACAGGGUCCAGGAGCCUCCUGGUGGGCGUGCUGGUAUGUGUGGUGCUGCUGGUCGCUCUCCUGGCCGGAGCGGUCUUCUGCCUGAAGGCCCGGCGCCGCGUCCCUGGGAGGAACACGGCGCCCAAGACUGCCAAGGGGCUCUCCAACCCCCUGUUCCACGAGGGGCACAGUGUGCCAGCCAAGGGUGGGGCUCCGGCCCCCACCACCCACUCCAGCGAGCCCGCCAGGCCCACGGCCUCAACAGUGACCCCUAAGCAGCCGCCCCCUGCUCCUCCAGCCACCAUGUCCAACCCUCCCUUCACUGUUCCUGUGUAUACCUGGCCGCCCCCAGACCAGCAGCUCCGCCCUGCUCCUCCUGCCAAGCCCCUCCCUGAACUGAAGCCCAAGCAGGUGAGAAGCCUCUGCCACUCAGGAGACUCGGCCCGUGCCCUUCCCUGGCUGCCGGCCCUUCCAUGGCUAGACCCGGUGGUGUCCUCAGCUUCCCUUUGGAGCUCAAGUCUGGAGAUGCUCCGAGAAUGCGCUGCAGACGACUCCUUCCGCUGUGACCCCCAGGGUCUGCGUCCAUCCAGAGGCCCUGCCGGCAGCAACCGUUACUCUGCUGUUUGCUUCACGAAGAUUCUCUCCUUCCUUUUUAACUUUUUGAACUAAUUUUAGGCUUACAGCAAAGCCGCAGAAAUAGCCUUAGGAGGGGUUUUGACAGCAAAAACAGGGGCAAAGGGGCAGAAAGGGGUCUAGCCAAGGAGUGACGAUAGCCAGCCAAGGCUACAAGGGAGCUGUGCUGUGCCCACCAAGGGUCUUCCCUGGGGGGCGGGGGUGUGGCCAGUGUUCCCGUUGGGCCUUCCCUUCCUCCACCCCAGAUCCUGGGGGCACCUGUCCUGCCAGCCCAGAGAAAGCUGAAAUGCAAACAGAUGCAAAGUUUAGUGGUUAAUUGUUUAGUGGUUAAUUCUUGGCUUUUGAACCUCCAAAGACCCACAUUCUGGCCAUUUAAGAGCUUUUCUUGGGAAACCCUGGGGUAGGGUGGGGUGGGUCGCUCAGGGAGAGGGGGAGGUGGUGAGGUAGGUUGUGGCUGAUGGGCCCAGGAGGGGGUUCUGCCACGUUUGGGUUUGAUUCUGCCCCAGCUGGGGGCACUUUGUCGAGAAGCCUGCAGGGGGGUCAGGAACAGAGUGGACCUGGGGAACUUUGCUAGGA